AUGUCUUUUAAUUUGUGGUUCCACUCCGUUUUUGAAGAAACGCCGUACCAAUUUAUCAAGUACUGUGAAAACCGGGAUGUCGCCUUUCAACAAAUCACUACGACCGGCAUCGAUACUUUGGGUGGGCUUAUUGUCCUUGGAGCCGAGAUCGACCUCAACAUCUCUGUCAACACGUUCGAGCAGCACGAGGCCUGA